UAAACUCGUAUUUAUCGUUUCGCGUGCAACACAUCAGUUUUAAUAGUAGUCCGAAGAAGACUAUAAUCGUACAAUGGAAGACGACAAUUCUUGGGUUUUCGAUUCUUUGGUAGCUUUUCUAAACGGGCCGAUCUGGAGUGCUCCGCUUGAUAGUUUUAUCGAAGAGAAGUCGCUAAUCUUUGAGCCGAAUGUCACUGAAAAUGCUGAAUACAGGAAUAUAUUUGACGAGUUCAAGAAUUUGGUUGAUUUCAUGUUGGGAAACUUCAUGGAAGAUAUCGGAAUCACACCUGAGCAAUUUGAAGAAGCGUGCAAUAAAGGCCACACGUAUCCAAUCAAUUUCAAUCAUAACAUUUUCGAGCAAAUAUGGGCGGCGAACGAUUACGAAAUGUUCAAAAGAAUGAUGACACAAAGGAAUGUUGAAUUGCAAUUACAGGCUUUGGAAUUAAUCGAACAGAAGUAUGGAAUUACGCCACAGUCGUUCGUUCCAAAGAAAAAAGAGAAAGUCGAUACUGCGGUUACUGUGGAGAAAACUUCCACGUUUGAAAAGGAAAUAAUGGAAGAAGUUGCUAAAAAUUUUCCAAAAGAAGAAGCGUCUUCAGAGGAAGGUGAGGUGCAGUAUCUUUUGGAAGAAAAGGAAAUUCUUGAAAAGACUCUCAAGGAAACUAAAGAGAAAAGUACCACAUCAACGGAAGACAGUCCAAGUGAAGACAUUCAGCAGAAGAAACCUUCAGUCGUGAAAGCAGAAACUACUGCAGAAAUAAAUUAUGAGAAAAAACCUGCUCGCAACGAGAUAAACGCAGCGGAACUUAUGAAACGUCAAGAAUAUUUGCGCGCGCAGCGAGAUAAAUUGGUAGCUUUAAAAAAAGAGGCUCGAAAGAAGCACCUUGGUUCGAACGGUGCAUCAAAAGAAAAAGGAAAAGUUCGUCCCAAAUCGGCGAAGGCCGCAGAAGCAGUGUUAUCUGGAGAAAAAGCGACGAUUGAACCUCAGCAGCUUCAGAUUCGCAAAGCUUUGGCAGAGAGGUUAAAGACGGAGGUUGUGUCCAAUAAAAUGUAAUAAUUUUUCACUUAUAUUUAUUACCUAAAUAUAACGAGUACAUUUUUACAUUUUCUUUUAAAAACAUUAAUUUAUUACAAAUUAAAAUGAGAAAUAGAAAAU